AUGUUCAAGAACAGGAAGGAAAAGGACACCAAGAAGGGAAGGAAGGAGGACGUCCCUGGCGGAAGGUCAUCCGACUACGACACGGAGAAGAGGAAGAGCCACGAGCAGAAGAAGCCCGCUGACUCGGAGGAGGCCCGCGAGGUCGAGCCCGACUCGGAGGAGGAGCGCAAGAGGCGCGAGGAGGAGCGCAAGAAGCGCGAGGAGGAGGACCGCAAGCGCAAGCGCGAGGAGGAGAAGCGUAAGGAGGAGGCCAAGCAGAAGCGCGAGGAGGAGCGCCGGAAGAAGAAGGAGCUCGCCGACCGCAAGAAGCAGGAGGAGGAGCGGCGGAGGGCCGAGGAGGCCGAGGACGAUGACGGCGAGGUCCAGGAGCUCGAGGCCAUCCCCUACGAAAGCACCGGGGGCGUGGGCUACAAGGAGAUGUACAAGCACUUCCCCUACACCGACCACCCCGAGGUGUUUGCCUCCUACGACAAGCUCCAGACCUUCGCCCGCGAGUUGAACACGCAGGUGGCGGCGCCCGAGAUCGUGGUGAUCGGACACCAGGGCCACGGCAAGUCGUCGAUCAUCGAAGGCAUCCUUGGCCACCACGUCACCUUCACCGGCUACGGGGCAACGAAGCGCCCGCUGUUCUUGAACCUGAUCAACAACCCCAAGUGCGAUAGGCCGCGGGUGACGCUCAAGCGCGACCCCUUGCUCAAGGGCCCCGAGUACGACCACGACGUCGUCGUUGCCCUCUCCGACCUCCCCGAGGAGCUCCAGAAGCGCAACAAGCUCAACAAGCUCUCCGAGGAGCCGGUGUUCCUGCAGUACGAGUACCGUUACUGCUCCAACCUCACCCUCAUCGACACGCCCGGCCUGCUCAAGGAGGAGGACGCCGACGCCACGGGCGAAGUGCAGGCGAUGAUCAACAACCUGGUGAAGCACCCCGACAGGUUCAUUCUGUGCGUGGAGGAGGCCAAGGACUGGGACAAGCUCGACAUGAUGGAUUUCAUCAAGAAGUUCGAUCCCGAGUUCUCGCGCACCACCUUUGUUUACACCAAGCUCCACUUCCACCUGCAGCGCUUCACCUCCGCCAGGUACCUGCAGGGCACGAUCCCCGACGCCCACUGUUUCUUCACCACCAUGCUGCCUUCGCGUGUGCGCGCCCGCUACGCCGACCCGGAGAAGUUCCAGGAGAAGAUCUACCAGUGCACGCGCAGGGACAUCAAGGCGCUGGAGCAGCUGCAGUACGACAGGAGGCACGAGUCGAACAUCGGUGCGGUGCAGCUGCGCCAGUACCUGCUCAACCUGGCGUGGAAGCGGUACCAGGACGACAUCCCGCAGAUCCUGAAGAGGCUGCGCGCCAACAAGGCCGAGAACGAGCUCCGCCUGCGCAAGGUGCAGGCCCAGCUGGAGGGCCUCAACUCGGUGAAGCUGCGGUCGAUCGCGUCGGACUACGUGGUCAACUUCCUCCAGGCCGUCGACAAGCUGCUGGCCGGCACCUCCGAGGGCAACCCGGCAGUCAACGGGCAGACCCUCGACGAGGAGAAGCAGCACCUGGGCGACGGCGAUUGGGUGGACUCCCACAACAAGCUCAUCAAGGUCGAGUCCGAGGACUGGGGCAUCCCCUACUGGGAGUCGCGCCUCUACGGCGGCCAGCAGUUCGAACGACUCCUCGCCGAGUUCAAGGCCGUCGCCGACCACCAGAAGCUCCCCGAGGUGAGCAUGGACGACAUCGCCACCGCCGCCGGAAUCAACAAGCUCAACAACAUCCCCAACUACGCCUGGGCCGCCUCCGACCUCGCCCAGCAAAGCGCACGCGAGGAACUCGCCCCCCUCAUCGACCAGGCGGUGAAGCGUGCGACGUACAUCCUGCGGAGGUUGCCCGACAUCGUGGACAAGAUGCUGGACGCCAGGCGGCGCGGACGCCUCGAAGGCGGUUGGGCUCCGGCCGCGGGCUCGGUCGAUGUCAACAACAUCGACAUGUACCCGUUCUUCACGUACCACGUCAAGGAUUUGUACAACAAGUUCGUGGAGAGAACCGCCACUGCGCUGGCCUCCAAAGCGAUGGACGAGUUCUACGGCACCCGCACCAUCUUCUGGGAGUACACGGAAUACGCCGACACCAAGCUCCCCAUGGACAGGUCGGACGCUGACGAGACUCGCCGGGCUGUCGAUUCCUUGGCCAAGGAGCUGUUCACCCGCCUGAGGGAACGCAUCACCAAGAACGUGCUGCUCAAGUUCUACAACUUCCUGCUCGUUCCGAUGCAGGCCGAACUGUGGACCGAGAUCCAGGGCGCCGUGACUACUCUCUCCGACGACCAGUUGGAGCAGAUCUUCGAGGUGGCGGCCACCAAGAACAAGCUCAAGGAGGACGAGAAGGCGCUGAGCCGCGGUAUUGAGGCCUACGCCACGCAGGAGGUCCACUUCAUCAAGUCGGCCACCCAGUUCUCCCACCCCAUCUACGUCCUGUCGCAGGGCAACCAGUGA